UCUUUGACUACGAAUCAUUUCCGCCUCUAGCGGGGGAGGCAGGAGGUAGAAAGGAGCGGUUGGCGUAGAGAAGGUACAGACCUUGUAGAGCAAAGAUGGACAGUCAAGGAAGGAAGGUGAUCGUGUGCGACAAUGGAACAGGGUUUGUGAAAUGUGGCUAUGCAGGCUCCAAUUUCCCAGAACACAUAUUCCCAGCACUGGUGGGACGACCAAUCAUUCGCUCUACUGCCAAAGUUGGAAACAUUGAAAUUAAGGAUCUUAUGGUGGGAGAUGAAGCCAGUGAACUGCGAUCAAUGUUGGAGGUAAAUUACCCCAUGGAAAAUGGAAUUGUUCGCAACUGGGAUGACAUGAAGCACCUGUGGGAUUAUACAUUUGGACCAGAGAAGCUUAACAUAGAUCCCAGAAACUGCAAGAUCCUGCUAACAGAACCCCCUAUGAAUCCCACAAAAAACAGAGAAAAGAUAAUAGAAGUGAUGUUUGAAACGUACCAGUUUGAAGGUGUUUACAUCGGAAUCCAGGCAGUUCUUACUUUGUACGCACAAGGGUUACUGACCGGCGUGGUGGUCGACUCUGGUGAUGGAGUGACCCAUAUUUGUCCUGUAUAUGAGGGAUUUUCCUUACCUCAUUUAACCAGAAGGUUAGACAUUGCUGGCAGGGACAUAACACGCUACCUCAUUAAGUUGCUUUUACUCCGGGGCUAUGCCUUCAAUCACUCUGCCGAUUUUGAAACGGUGAGGAUGAUGAAAGAGAAGCUGUGUUACGUGGGAUACAACAUUGAACAAGAACAGAAGCUUUCUCAGGAGACUACUGUGCUAGUAGAAUCAUACACGCUUCCUGAUGGCAGAGUAAUCAAGGUUGGUGGAGAACGUUUUGAAGCCCCCGAGGCCUUGUUUCAGCCUCACCUUAUUAAUGUUGAAGGAGUAGGUGUGGCCGAACUCCUUUUCAACACCAUUCAAGCUGCAGAUAUUGAUACCAGGCCAGAGUUUUAUAAACAUAUUGUCUUGUCUGGUGGUUCUACUAUGUACCCAGGUCUGCCUUCUCGUCUGGAACGUGAAAUCAAACAGCUUUACCUUGAGAGAGUUCUCAAAGGGGAUGUAGAGAAGCUCCCAAAAUUCAAAAUCCGUAUUGAAGAUCCUCCUCGUCGAAAGCACAUGGUGUUCUUAGGAGGGGCUGUCCUUGCUGACAUCAUGAAAGAUAAGGAUAACUUCUGGAUGACCAGACAAGAGUACAAGGAGAAGGGAGCACGAAUACUGGAGAAACUUGGAGUCACUGUACGAUAGAGUGCCUUCUUAAGCGUCACCCUCCUCACCUCCACAUCUCACUCCUCCAGUUUUGCAGGGAAUUCCUGCUUCUCUUCAACCUGCCUUGAUCAUUCAUUCUUAGUCCAUUCAAAUAAGGGCAUUUGAAACAUAAUGAUUCAGUGUCUCAUGUGUUCCUAGCAAAACUUAUUGUUUAAUGGGGAGGGAGAUCUCUGCUGAAUCUGAAAACCUGUAAAGGUUUAAAACAGGCCAUUACUGGAGCACUUUGUAAAACUACUGUGUUCAAGUACACUAUUUGCAGUUUAGCACAGAUGCUUCCUUCCGUUAGGAAUCAUUUUUGAACCAGUAUUGUAAAUGCAUUUUUUUGUAUUCAAGUCUACAGAUGUGAUAGCUGGGGUGGCUGUAUGUGUGAGUGGUUCUUGAGUGCAUGAAGUAUAGACUUGCUGGGUGGUAGGCUAUGUAAUGACUUUUAACAUAUGAGCUACCACCAACCUAUGUUUUCUGUUUCAAGACUUUUAGCCUCUUCUCAAGCCGAAUGAGAACAUUUCUAACAUUCCUAUUAUGUAAUAGCUUUGCAAGUGGGCUCCUCUGAUUUUAAGUACUAAUGCCAUUUACCCACACGUCCCUUAACUAAGAUCAAGAGUUUGGUGAACUAGAAUGUGUUCUUAUACUGAGCUAAACUAGUUAUUAUGCCAGCAACAACUAGCCACUUGCCUGUUAACUUCGUUAUGCUUGACAGUUUUUGUUUGGUACUGGAUUCUUUAAGGGGUGAAGUGUAAAGUAGGUGCAGGCUGCAGGAGAAAUACCAAGCUUCAUCUGUAGAAAGCUGACUUGUGCUACUGAUCACUGCUUGCAGUGAAAAAUGCUGAUAAGGUAAAGUCUUGAGUGUUUGCUAGAGACUUCAAUAGUUUAUUUUUACCCAGUUCUAUUUUCAGGAAUGAAAUAUACAGGAAUUGACUGGAGCUUGGCAAUGACCAUCAAAGGGAAAACUCUGGUCUCUGAUCAUUUUGGUGUAGUGAAACAGAAUAGAUUAUCAGAUUCCAGAGGUAUAGCACCUAAACAAGUUAGCACUUAAAACCAUUUCCUUGCCACUGCUGGCUUUAAAGUACUUGUUUGUACUUAAGUUUUAUGGUAUAGCAGAUUUUAACAGAACAUUAAAAUGCCUUUGUUUUGUUAUGUUUGGAACUAAUUUGCGGUGAAGUAGGUGAACUGCCUUUUACUGACAUUCCACACAGUUUUCUUCUUGUCAACCAUGUUAUGAGUUUGUUUCCUUAAUGUAUCCUCUUUUUCCUUAUAACUUUUCUAUAGCCACAUUUUAUGAAUAAUAAGAUAUGGCACAAAUUUGAUAAAAAAAUAAGCAUGUUUUUAUAUGUAGUGCUAGAAAUCCGUCACUUAAGGAUUGAUAAGGCAUUAAGAGAUACAGCAGUGUUUAGAGAUCACACGCUAUUGUAUACUAUGUUGGGGUACUUGUUUUAUAGGGUGACUUAGGAUGUGUACUAUAAAACUGUUCACUGAUCUUGCCACGGGAAAAAAAUUAAGCUUGAUAAACCUUUUUUUUUUUCUAUGUGCAGUUGUUUCUGUGAUCAUUCUUUUUGUCAAAAUCACAUAGAAUAUCAAUGUUGUGCUUCAUGUGUUAGGUCAUUGCCACAAUAUUGCCAUUGCUGCUUGAUGACGAAAACUGGGCAUAUCAUCUGUAAAUGUGCAGUCUUUGGCAAAUUUGUUCAGUCCAAUGUAAGUUCUUUUUUUCUGAGUGGCAUGCUACAACACCUGUAAAAUACUUUUACAUAUUAAAAAGUGUGGGUGAUUUUAAUGGUAUGUACAGAUGUGGUACAUUGGCACAGAGUGCAGUAUUUAAUGCUGCUCACCUUAGUUAUUUUCUUCUUAUCGAACUGAUUUAUUUUCUGAGGCCGCCUUCUGAAAAAUCAGUGCUAAUUUUCCGGAAAAAAUGUAAAUGGCUUCCUGUAAAAAGAAGGAAAAUACAUGGAUGCACGUAACUGGUUAGUUCUGCAGAAAGGUAGACUUUUGCAGUUAUAUUUGCAUUGUUUUGUUUUUUUUAAAUUGCAAAUUUACUUCAUGUGGUCUUGAGCUGAAGGUAUGUGUGCUGCUUGUUUUUUUUGUCAGUGACUGCUCGUGAAUAACAGUGACAUGCAGUCUGGUGAAUUAUCAGAUGUGGUUUUCAUUCAGAAAAGCAACAGAAGAAAAAAAAAACAGCUUUCCCAAGAUUAAGAACAAACUCGAGAGUGGCAGGCCAACUCUCUAGAUGCGACUGUGUCCUUAUGACAUUCCAGCUUUAGACUGUCAUAUCUACCCACUGUCUGGAGGAGUGGGAACAUUUUCAAGUGCGAAUGUUUUUUUAUAAGGGAAGUGGAUUUCAGAACAUUUCCCAGGAUUUGCUUAAUCAAAAUUGUGUUAUGGAAGAAAUGCUUAUAUUAUCAGGUCUCCUUGUUUUGCUAGCUGCAGUUCUGGAAAAAAAUGAUUGAUGUAAGCAGUUAAAAAUGCAAUUUAACAUCUGUUAUAAAAAUUAUAAAUCAAUUUUUAAAAUAA